AGUGAAAUAACAAAUUUUGAAUUGGAAUUGGAAUAGAGUUUUGGAAAGGGAAAAAAAAUUGAAAAUUGACCGUAUCACUCUCUUUCGCGCUGUAAUCGCAGCGCCACCGUCUUCGCACACAACCGCCGAUGAGGUAAGGUCGUUAAUCUUGUAUUUAUGCUUAUAUAUAUAUUUGGAUCAACAACACUCACAGAAAAUUUCCAAAGACAUGUGAAAAUACAUACAAUUUUCUCAUUAGGAUUUGUUAGAUAGCUUAUGCAAAUGAAUAAGUUUUUGUGUAUAAUUUAUAAGUUUGUCAAUGUAGUUUAUGAAAAAAACAACUUAUGAAGAUAGGUUAUCAAUUUUUGUUGGUGAGAAUUUAUAAAUUAACUUAAAAUCUUGUUUAUCUGCGUAAGUUAUUUUUCGUAAGUAAUAAGUCAAUCCAAACUGGUCCAACUCUUAUGGAUUAUUUCUAUAUGACUAUGGCCCUGUUUGGAUGAACUUUAUUUUGCAGCUUAUAGCAUAAGCGCUUAUCAUAUAAGUGUUUAUGAAUAAGCUAUUUUUAUAACAUAAGAUAAAAUAAAGUCAAAGUUUUUUCAUAUAAUAUAUAAGCUGUUUUCAUAAGCUAUUAUCAUGGAGAACUUAUGGAAAUAAGCUGAAAACAGCUUAUGAACACAGCAUAAGCAGUUUUUGUAAGUUCCUCCAAACAGUGUCACAACUCAGAAGUGCUUAUUAGUAGAUAAGCUUAAAUAGACCAAUUUAAAUUAGCCCAGUACCUGUUUUACCAGCUAUCUGCAAUUAUCACAAAGGUUAACUAGGAUAUGUGUAUUUCCUUCUUUUCAUGUUUGCUGAAUUGGUGACCAUAUUAUGUGAGUUGGCUGUGUUUCUGGUACGCAACCUAUGAAGCAUGGACACAGAAACGGACACUAACACGUCGACACCAAUAAUAAUAUGAGAAAAUGACACAAUUUAAUGUAAUUAUAAGUGUCGGUGUCCGACACCGGGACACGCCUAAUCCGAGGAGUGUCCGUGCUUCAGAGUAGCGCUGUAGCGCUAUUGCAUAUUGGAAAUAGCGGCUAUAGUGGUGCUAUAGCAAUGUUAAAUAGCAGAAUUAGAACAAACCACUAUUCAUAUUCCGCAAUCUGCAAUUGGUAACACUGUGAGGUCUGUACCGAGUAUUUUUCUUGCAUUGCAGCUAGCCACUAAGGGUGAGCCAAGUCUUGUUUUACAUUAGAUGGCUCGGUUUGAGUGAGUAAAUGCUUUUUUAAGACUGCCGAUUCAGGAUCUAGUCAACAUAGGAUUAUUGUCUGGAGUUACCGGGCAAGGAUGGAAGAAACAAAGUCCUGGAGUAGACGAGGUAGGAUUAGCAGGGUUGGCAAAAUUAGAUGACUGUGAUAAAGGUAGAACAGGCGAUGGGGAUAUCGGUGGAUUGAUAGAUUAGAAGGUCGAUGGAAUUUAUUAGGAGAGGUGAGGAUAGGUCACUAAUAUUUACAGUAGGAAACCUCAAAGACCUUGAGGGGACUGUAACAAUUGAGACCAUUUUGAAACAAUGGAGUCUUUGAGAAGGAUCUCAUUAGAUGAACCAAUGGAAGCAUGGUUGUCACACUCUAGCUCAACUACGCGCUGUUCAAGAGCUGGUACUCACAGCAAUUGCCAUCCCAACUAGCAAUACUUCUAUUUCUUCGUAUUCACCAAAUUUGAAAAUCUCAACAAUCGAAAGGACGGAAUAUACAGUAUCGAGUCCAAUUCAAUUGAUUGCUGGAUAAAUGGGGAAGAAAAACACCCCAAAAUCAGUGUCAGGAUUUCAAAAUCAUGUUACUUUAAGAGAAGAAGCCACCGGAAAAAUAAAAAUGAGGCCAAUCACUAACACAAAGUCACAUUUGAGAAUUGAAAACUUGAAAAAGAUUGUGGUGUGGACCGCAACUGGCCCUCACAUACCGUCUUUGGCUGCUUUCUUUGGUCACCAUUUGGCCACUGUUUCAGAGGCCGCUGGAGUACCUCCUGAUUCUUCUUUAAUCAUUUGCCAAAGGUGCGAAACUGUUCUUCAUCCCAGCUUUAAUUCAACUGUGCGAAUUGAGAAUAAUAGAUCAAAGGUCAGACAUAGGCACAAGAAGUUUGGUAGCAUCACCCAAAACAAUGUUGUGUACAAGUGCCAUUUCUGUUCACAUCAGAAUCUCAAGAAAGGUACGCCUAAGGGACAUUUAAGAAAAAUAUGCCUCACAAAAGGUAAAUCAUCCUUAGAAUCAACACCCGAUACAAAACCAGUCGUGCAUGAAUCUUCAAAACUAGAGAAACACGUUGUAAGCAAAGAUAAAGCUGGUGAAAUACAUGGGUUUGCUUCAAAAGUUGUAGUUAAGAAGGAUGUCGCCAAUUUGAAUGGCAUGGAAACUCCGCCAAGAACAAGUACGCCAAACUUGUUAGAAGGAAAGAAGAGAAGGAGAAAUAGUUCUACGUCAAAGAACGCAAUUGAAACUCCAAGCGUAUCUGCACGAGUAGAAGUAGCAAAUACUCAGAGCACAGUAAGCAAAAGACGGAAAAAAUUAUGGACCAGUCUAAAAGAAAUUGCUCAGAGCAAAGUGUCUUUUCGGUAACUUCUAUGUGUGUUCCUUGUAACUCUAAAGUUAACCUCUCUGCAUUUCUGUAUAUUAAUUCAAUUCAAAGGCUGAUAUAUGUUGCAUUGGAGUUAUCAGUUA